AUGGAUUCCGGAAAAAUCCCCGUCAAGCUCGUCAAGGUGACCAGGGUGCUGGGUCGCACAGGUUCCCGAGGAGGCGUCACACAGGUCCGCGUCGAAUUCAUGGACGAUACCACCCGCUCCAUCAUCCGCAACGUCAAGGGGGCCGUGCGCGAAGAUGAUAUCCUGUGCCUGCUUGAGUCGGAGAGAGAAGCUAGGAGGUUGAGAUGA